CAGCAGAAUCUCCGGCCCCUCAUGUUCUUCUUCCAGAUAUUUGCUUUAUCUUCUUCCUUGUGCUGUCUGUGGACCCCGCGUGGCACAAUGUAUGCGGAGGAGCUUCAUAUAUUCAUUAAGACCUAUGGCCACUAUACAGAAGAACUUUCUCACUUUGCCCGUAAGGAAGCUGCCAGAUUACUCCAAGAGAAGCAAAGUUCAAGCGCGUCCAAACCCCCCGAUGUGCAGAAGCAGUGUUACUCCAAGUGUCACGCCUGUGCACAGCGGGUAAAAAAAUAUUUCAUCAAAAAGUUGGGAGAAGACUGGAUAUUCCUUGUUCUUCUUGGUCUUGUCAUGGCAUUGGUGAGCUGGAGCAUGGACUACGCCAGUGCAAAGAGUAUACAGGCCUAUAGGUGGAUGUAUAAGGGAGCAUCUGAUAAUGUCUGGUACCAGUACUUGGCCUGGGUGUCCUACCCUCUCGUCCUUAUACUUUUUGCUGCCGUCUUUUGCCACCUGGUGUCUCCACAAGCCAUAGGUUCUGGCAUUCCAGAGCUGAAAGUUAUUCUCCGUGGUGUUGUACUGAAAGAGUACUUGACUCUCAAAGCCUUCGUAGCCAAAGUGAUUGGGCUGACGGCUUCUUUGGGGAGCGGGAUGCCCCUAGGAAAAGAGGGCCCAUUUGUGCACAUUGCGAGUAUCUGUGCGGCCGUUCUAAGCAAAUUCAUGUCUGUGUUCUGUGGAGUCUAUGAGGACCCCUAUCGAAGUCUGGAUCUUUUGGCGGCUGGCUGUGCUGUGGGGGUUGGAUGUUGCUUUGGUGCACCACUAGGAGGUGUCUUGUUCAGCAUUGAGGUCACAUCCUCCUACUUUGCGGUGAGGAACUACUGGCGCGGAUUCUUUGCAGCAACUUUCAGUGCCUUCAUCUUCCGGGUCCUUGCUGUAUGGAACAAAGAUGCAGUCACCAUUACUGCACUUUUCCGCACAAAUUUUCGCAUGGAGUUUCCCUUUGACCUCCAGGAGUUACCGGCAUUUGCUGUGAUUGGGAUCUGUUGCGGUUUCCUCGGAGCCUUUUUCGUCUACCUGAAUCGACAAGUGGUCCUUGGAAUCCGCCGGAACCAGACCCUGAGCAGUUUUUUGAGCCGUUAUCGUUUCAUGUACCCGGCUGUGGUUACUUUCUGCAUUGCAACUCUUACUUUUCCAAAGGGCUUUGGGCAGUUCAUGGCUGGAGAGCUUAUGCCCCGGGAGAGCAUCACUGUCCUAUUUGACAACCAAACCUGGAGCAAGUACAUGGAUAACUCCUCAAUACCCGAGACGUCUAAUGCCUUCAUCCGCUCCAGAAAUGUCUUCCUCACUCUGCCUCUGUUCUUCAUCAUGAAGUUCUUAAUGUCCGUCAUCGCUACAACAAUGCCCAUACCCUGCGGAGCCUUCAUGCCAGUAUUUAUAUUAGGGGCAGCCUUUGGGAGAAUUGUUGGAGAGCUGAUGGCCUACCUCUUCCCCAAUGGAAUUCUCUUCGAUGGGAUUGUCUACAAGAUAUUACCUGGAGGCUAUGCUGUGAUAGGUGCGGCUGCACUUACCGGUGCUGUCACGCACACGGUCUCCACCGCCGUCAUCUGUUUCGAGCUGACGGGUCAGAUCUCUCAUAUUCUCCCCAUGCUCAUCUCCGUCAUCAUGGCCAAUGUGGUUGCUCAGAAUCUUCAGCCGAGUCUUUACGAUUCCAUCAUUCAGACCAAGAGAUUGCCGUACUUACCCGACCUGUCCUCGUGUCACGUUAGCAAAUAUAACAUUUUCGUAGAGGAUAUUAUGGUGAGCGACAUUCGUUAUGUGUCUUCUCACUGCACCUACAAAGAUCUUCUCAAUGUCCUGAAGACCUGCUCUCACAAAACGCUGCCCCUGGUGGAGUCAAAGGAAUGUAUGGUUCUCCUUGGAUCUAUUGAGAGAUCAGAGGUCUCAGAUUUAUUGGACAGAGUCCUAAGUAAGGAGAGAAGACUCCGUAUGUCUUCACCUCCCUACAAAGGGCAGAGGACAGCGCGGACCGGGGGGAAACGGGACUCCUUCCGUUACGUAGAUGAUGAAGACACGGGUGUCGAGGAGGACGAAAAGAAAGAGCCGAUCGAGCAUCGCAAUGGUCCCAUCACCCCAAAUAAUUCAGCGGAGACACCCACGACUCCAGCAGAGCCAGACAGUUGCUGUAAGAGAUUCAAUUCUUCUCUGGCAAGAAUCUUCUGUUGUCCUAAGGAGGACAAACCUGAAAACCCUCCAGAGGAAUCUGAGCCUGAAGACCCAAUGACCCCAGAAGAGAUUGCAGUCUGGGAACAACAGGAGCUGGGGAAGGUGGCCUCCUUCGAUAGCUGUCUCAUUGACCCAUCACCAUUUCAGCUUGUGGAGAGGACAUCACUUCACAAGACGCACACGCUCUUCUCACUUCUCGGUCUAAGCCAGGCGUAUAUCACCAGCGGGGGGAAACUGAGAGGAGUCAUCGCCCUGAAAGAGUUACAAAAGGCUAUUGAAGGGACGGCCCAGUCAGGAGUUCGUCUGCGCCCGCCCUUUGCAAGUUUCCGUGAUGCCAAUCGCUCACUGUCUCGAAAGGAAUCCCAGAGGGUGGUUCCAAAGGCUCCUCCAUCUCCUGACCCCUCCAUGAUACCUGAUGACAUCACAAUUUUAGCUACUCCAGAGGUCACCCCGGACUCGGAGCUGGAUGAUCUGUCUGGUCAAGGCUCGGAGAACGUAUCACAGAUCUUGAGGGACUUCCAAGUGUUUGCAGAGCACAGUGAGGACGAUGUGCCUUUGUAACCUCAACCCAUAAAGCCUUGGGGGCCAAGACAGGUCUUCUGGCACUUGUUUUGGUUGGCAAGGCUGACGAAGUUGGAUCUACUCCUAAGAACUUUGAAAGCUCCUACAAUGGAGGUGACUACGCUAGUAUGCCUGGGGCCGGUGAUCCCGACAUUUACUCUACAUACUUACAUUAAGUACACAGGAAUUACUGCUAUUAUUAUAACAUUGUCAUACAAAAAACACAAAAAGGGAGCCUGAAGAUUUGUUGCCCUUCAUAUAAUGGUCUUGAAGAACACAAGGAAUAACCUCCACUUAUGUCAACGUUCUGCAUUCCUCAACGAGAAGCCAACUCCAAGUGAUACAAUCACCAGCAUCCACUAGACCUCUGAGAAACCAAUCUCUUAACUCCAGUUCACAACUGGAAAGCCAGCCUACACCUGUAAAUAUAAAAAUAUCGAAUGAUCCGUAUCAAUAAGCAAUGAAUGGAUGAACUUCACAAUGGUUCCUUCUAAUGUGUUACUCACCCACCAAACCAUAUUGGCAAUGUCAGGGUCAAUCCGUAUAGGUUUUUAUUCAUGACCCAAGGGGCAUAGCUAUAAAGCAUUGUUCCCCAACCUGUGGCAUAACAUGUUCCCCCCAACUAGGGGCAUAGCUAUAGAGGUAGCAGAGGUAGCAGUCACAUCAGGACCCUGGUGCCUAAGGGGACCCCAAAGCACAUCUUCCUCAUAAGAGACCAGUAUUAUAAUUGACAUAUGGGGCCCUGUUGCAGAAUUUGCAUUGGGGCCCAAAAGCUACGCCUCUGCCCACAACCUGUGUCCCAUCAGGCCCUGACAGACAAAGGAUAGGGGAACACUGCUACAAGGGGAGUAGAGGUAGCAGUUAUACCCAAUGGCCUAUAAAAAGACUUCAGUAUUAUAAAGGGCACACUGUAGGUAAGGGACAUGUUACAGAUUUAGCAUUGGCCCAGGAUCUUCAAGUUGUACUACUGCAUGACACUUAAAGGAGAUUUUGGAGAAUAGUACUCAGGGCAUAGUUUUAUAGAGAAAAAUCUAUACUUAUCCUCCUCAUUCCCUGCCGCCACCACCUUCUCAGUGUCAGUCCCUGCUGCGAAAGGUGUCAGCAAAAGGACCUUCCCGCUCAGCCAAUCAGUGAACAUGGCAGUGGGGACCAACACUGAUAAAAUGGCAGCGGCGGGGGAUCAAGAAGGGUAAGUAUUCUUUUUUUCUGCACCCUGAACACAGCUAGAUGGAAAUAAAAAAAAACAUGCAGCAACCCCCUUUAAUUCCCAUUGCUGGCAUCAGAUACAUUUUUGCAACGCAGACCCAUAACACUACUGCAAAUAGAGGAUGCAAAAC